AUGUCGCUUCCUCCAAAGGCGCUGACGAUUCAGCUCCCACCGAACCAAUUUGACGACGAUGCUGGAGGCGGCAGCUCGUCUGAUGGCAGCGGCGCAGACGGCGUUGCGAAGAAGGAAGAGGAGACUCAGAACACGGGCACGCCCAGUGGUUCAUUGAAGCGGAAGCGUAACCUUCCUGGAAACCCAGAUCCGGACGCAGAAGUUGUGGCCCUGUCUCCGCGCACCCUCCUCGCGACCAACCGGUUUGUGUGCGAGAUCUGCAACAAAGGCUUUCAGCGCGACCAGAACCUGCAGCUGCACCGCCGCGGCCACAACCUCCCUUGGAAGCUCCGCCAACGCACGACGCAGGAGGUGCGCAAGAAGGUGUACGUCUGCCCGGAGCCCACCUGCAUCCACCACGACCCGUCCAGAGCGCUCGGAGAUCUGACCGGGAUCAAGAAGCAUUUUUGCCGCAAGCACGGCGAGAAGAAGUACAAGUGCGAAAAGUGUUCGAAGAAAUACGCCGUGCAAUCGGAUUGGAAGGCCCACAUGAAGACGUGCGGUACUCGCGAGUACCGAUGCGAUUGCGGAACCCUCUUUUCAAGGCGCGACAGCUUCAUCACGCACAGAGCUUUCUGCGACGCGCUCGCGGACACAGGCCCCACCAGCGUCAAACCCGAGCCCGGCGACUCCGCCGCUACAGGCGCCGGCCCCGGGAGCGUCGGCGGACUGAGUCACAAAGGCGCGGGGUUCGAAGGGGACACGAUGCGAGGCGCUGCCGUCAUGUUCGGUGAUGACGUCACGAAAGCCGCUGCCGCUGGCGCAGCCCUUUUGCCAGGUCAGCAGCAGAAUUUCCAGUCGCAGGGGCUUCAAUCGUCGCAGCAGCAGGGCUCGCAGCAGCAGUUUUCGUCGCAGGAGUUCGCAGAUCUGGUCAGCCGAGCCAUGAACAAGCAAGGCGGGGGCGGUAUGGGGCUGUGGCUCGGCCAGGGUUCCAACAACGGAGGGCAGAAUCAGGGCAUGACGCCGCAGCAGCAGAUGCUGCAGGCUGUGAGUCAGGGAGGUUUGAACCCGAGCGCUCUCCUUGCGGCGAUCAACAAUAGUGGCGGUAGCAUGGCGAGCCUGCUCGCUGGUGCCGGAGGCGGAGCUGGCGGUAAAGACAUUGGCUCCUUAAUCUCCUCGCUUCUCGGCUCCAACGGCAGCAUGGCUCCUCCUGGGGGUAAUCUGGACCCUGGCUACGCUUCUAACGCUGGUGGUGGCGGCGACAUGAACAGUAACGUUUAUGGUGGUGGUGGUGGUGGUGGUAACCAGGGUAACCUCUCAGGGUCUGCAGGGGGUCUGUCUGGAGUGGGCAUGGGGGGAGACCCCUACAAUUCCAGUGGCGGUGGUCUGCACGGGUCUGCACCAGGCGAUGGUGAUGGCCUAGGGCAUGGCGCGCAGCAGGACGGGCUGCAAGGCCUCUCGGGUGUGAACCUCCCGGAUCUGCUGCAGCAAGCAGGCGCUGUGCUCGCCCGGUCUGGAGGCUUGGGUAACCUGGGAGGUGCGGGCGGUGCAGGGUCGUCGCUUCUGACGAGGGCCAUUGAGACUUUGGCGAGUCAGGGAUUGCCGCUUGGCGGAGGGCAGAACUCAGGGCUUCUGGACGCCGUUGCUGGCCUGGGUGGAGGGCAGGGCAACUUUAGUGCACUGGCAGGGUCGCUGCAGCAGCACGACCAGGGAAAUAACGGUGGGGGUGGGGGGAUGAUGGGAGGGCAGCAGCAACAACAGCAGCAGCAACAGCAGCAGCAACAGCAGCAACAGCAGCAACAAUCGCAACAGCUGCAGCUUCCAAAUGAUUUGAUUCAGAGAUUGGCAGAUAAGUUACCUCCUGGUCUGAACGUGGACACACUGCAGUCUGCUCUCAGCAUGUACCCCGAGCUUGGAGCAAACGGGGCUCUGUCUUCCGCGCUCAACACCCUUCUCUCAGGAGGAGGCGGUUUCAACACAGCGCCACAACAGCAGCAGCAAGUGGGGAUGGGUGGAGGGGAAAAUGCAGAUGGUUGGGGUGGGGGUGGCAUGGGUGGGGGCAAUGGUGGUGGGCUGGAGCAGGGGAUUUCGGGCAUUCAAGAUAUUUUCUCCUCUGGAGCAGGCCAGAACUCUGUGAUGGCUGCGAUGCUCUCUGCAAGCAAUGGAGAUUUGGCAGGUGGACUUGCAGGGGCUUUUGGGGGGGAUGGCACUGGGGGGUUGCUCGGUGCUGGAGCGUCUAGAAAUGUGACGGAGCUGCAAGAUCUGGCAGCUUUUGGUGCGACAGCAAUGAAUGAAGGUGCCACUGGCUAG